GUCCAGAUGGGUCCUCGUGGAACCACUAUCAAAUGCAAAAAUUUCUGGGUCUUGAAGAAUGCAUGUUUGUCAUGCUUUUCUGGCAUGACUCUUAAAUCUGUCAUGCACGUUACCCAAGAGCCCCACUUUUCUGUCAUGCAGAAACGCAGUCUGUCAUGCAGAGUAGGCAACACCUAGAUGAAGCUCAGAAACUUGUCAUGCUGCGCCAGCACUGGUGGCCUCCCCAUGAUACGCCACGCAGCAUCACAAGUUUCCAGACCCAGACACUUUCGCAAUGCAUAACCACAUCAGCAGAACAACAAAAACCGUUCACCGCGUCCUUCCGGGGCACCUGGGCAGCGAGGCAGCAUAUGGAUUGCAAAAAUGUCUGGGUCUGGGGACUUGUGAUGCUAAAAUGUGGAUGAUGGAAACAGUUUCGAAUGCCACCUAGCAUGACAACUUUCCAGAACACUUUCUCAUAGGUAAUCCGCAUGAGAAACUGCGUGCUUGCAUGUACAAAAGAGGCUGGGACUCUUGUUGGUGAAAGCUAGCAUUACAAGUUCCAACCUUCCAGAUCCAGACAUAUUUGCAUUUGAUACAGCAGCGAAGCAGGCAAGAAGGUGGCCCCCGCGUGGGGGGAAAUCAUGGUGGAGAGCAAGAGCAACCCCCGACAACUACAAAAGCACAAGGUGGGGAGGUGGAGAGGACCAGCAGCGCAAGUUUCUUCAAAAACCUAAACCAUCCGCAAGAAGAGGUGGAGCCGCUCAUUUCAAUUGCGGGAAAUAAAACGGCCACGCUUCUCGACUACUUCCGCACGGUACUUGCAUCUUCUCGAACCGGGGGUGCUCAACAUCUUCUCUACUUCGUGGUCGUGGCCAUGAUCUUGCUCCUCAUCCUCUUUCUGCUCCUGCUGGGCGGUGUGGCAAUCCGCAACUUCAUCUCGUGGAGAAACAAUGCACGGAAGAUAAACUUCUACCGGCAAGAACAAGAAGAAGACGAGGAGAAACUGAAACACCAGCACGCUGGCCACACAGGAACUACUACGAAGCGCUCCGUCCUCGAUGCGGACGGAAAAUCAACACGACCGGCGGAAAGAACACUAGCCAGCAUGGGCGCAACGAAGAUAACUGGAAACGAGCCGCUUUUCGCUGCGGCUUUCGUUGGCAACGAUGGGGAUGACCGCGAGGACGGGGAUGAAACUGGAGGCGAUCUGCACUACGAGGCGACAAAAGGAGCGGGAUCGCUAGUAUUCUGAUUUCAAAUCUUGUUUACACGAAUUACUCAACACGAUCACAGACGAAUACAUCGAUCACAGACGAAUACAUCAAAAAACCGCUUAAUAGUGCUACUUACUUACACUGUCGUCUGCAAAGAACUAAUUGGCACAAAUAAAGAACAAGAAGAUAAAAAAGCGUACAAAAUCCUAAAAUUGAAAACAAAAUUAAGAACGUUGUGUGAAGACAUCUCGUCAUUCUCAUGUUUUGAUCCACAAUCUGUUGACCGUUAUUACAGUUUCACGAAUAACUUAAGCACGACUUUUAAAUUAACAAUUAUCAUUGUGUAUCAACAAGCCACGACGUCGUCGAGACAGAGCUCCAUUUUGAUUUUGUAAGUAAAAUACCGAGGAAGCACCGCCGUAAAAAUCACUCAAUAUGAAUAGAAAUUAAUUCGCAUUCCGCCCCUUCACUCAAGAACUGAAAAAACGUAACUGACUCUGCUAAAUACAACAGCAACGUGUGUAUGAUUAAGUACCCCGAUAGAAAAAAAAUUAAUUAAGUAUAUUUCUACUACUAGCUACACCUACAUCAAAAGGUUGAACUUGAACACGCUGUAUAGUAGGAGCUCCACUUUGACAAAACUAAAAACCAAUACGCGACGAGAGCUAGUAUCGUUGUAUAACACUCUCACUCUCUCACAACUAAAACGCGGCUCCUAAGAAAACAAAAAUUAAGUUUUGAUCUUCAUUUUCCACUUUUCGCAAGUUAAGCGAUGAAGCUUUCAUCUGCUUCAUGACGUGUCGCCAGCUUCAAUAUUAAAGCAAACUACGCAACAAACUUCUAGCAGUGGUUGCACGCGUGAGGUACUUGAACACUUCAACAAGCAAUCGAUAGAUAGAAGGCACAGCCUUGCCUACCUCUUCACGCAACUCGUUAAAGAAGAAGUAGAAGAAAGAGAUAUCUUUGCAGCUAGUACUUGUUACAACCUCCAGAAGUUGUAGGACCAACGAUGAUAGAACGCAGGUGCUGACCACGAGAGAUUCGCUUUCUCGAGUUGUAGCAAGACAGACUAGAAAAUCAAAAUAUGAAUAGCAGAAAAAUUAAUUCGAAGAAAGAAAGAAAAAUCGACGGCAGAAAAUAACAAUAAACUUAGCGAACGAUGAAGCUAGCACUUGUACAAAAUAAAAGACCGCCAAGAUCAUCUAUCUUCGAGAUAGAACAAAGAAAAUAUGUUUGUUUGACUUUACAGCAGCGAAUAGCAAAAUUAUAAUUGCAGCGGAAGAGCUGCCUCUGCAACUGUAUCGAUGUAAUAGUCAAAACGAAAAGCGCGGAACAAAAUUGAUAAGAAAAAUAAGGCAAAAUAACGAACCUGCAACUACAAAAAUUACUCUGUACACCUACAACGAUUUUCCUCACAGAGGGGGGUCGAAGAUUGGAUGAAAAUAGAAAAAUCGUCGAACAUUCGCUGCUGCGGGUGUGUUGGAGAAAGUGCCGGCG